GAAUUGGGUAGUCUCAAUAAUUAUAUCCCUGCAUAUAAAGGUCCUUCUCAUUUAGGAGAUGGCAUUUUCAGUUUGAUUGAAUGUUGGGUUUUGAGCCUAUCCCCUUUUGUCUCCUCUUAGACCCCCCACCCCACCUAUUCCUCUGUCAAUUCUCCUUCAGCUAGAUUAACAUUUGGGGGUGGUGGGUGUACGUUUCACUGCAAAUAUGGAAGACUCCUGCAAUGAACGGCUUGAUUUUGGUAAAAUGGGUUAUGGAUGCAAGCACUACAGGAGAAGAUGCAGGAUCAGGGCACCUUGUUGCAAUGAAGUCUUUGACUGUCGCCAUUGUCACAAUGAAGCUACGAGCUCGUUGCACAAUGUAUUUGAUCGACAUGAGUUAGUUCGAAAUGAUGUCAAGCAGGUCAUUUGCUCAGUUUGUGAUACAGAACAGCCGGUUGCUCGUGUUUGUACAAAUUGUGGUGUAAAUAUGGGAGAAUACUUCUGUGAAGUGUGCAAAUUCUAUGAUGAUGAUUUAGACAAAGGGCAGUUUCAUUGUGAUGAUUGUGGAAUCUGCAGAGUUGGUGGCAAUGAGAACUUUUUUCACUGCAAUAGAUGUGGCUCUUGCUAUUCAAUUAGUUUACGUAAUAACCACUCAUGUGUAGAGAACUCCAUGCGGCAUCAUUGUCCUAUUUGUUAUGAGUAUCUCUUUGAUUCUCUUAAGGACACAACAGUACUGAAAUGUGGGCACACGAUGCACACUGAGUGCUAUCACGAGAUGAUAAAGCGUGACAAAUGCUGCUGUCCCAUAUGUUCCAGAUCAAUCAUAGAUAUGUCCAGAGCUUGGAGAAGAAUGGAUGAGGAGAUUGAAGAGACAAUCAUGCCUGACGAUCUUAGAUACAAGAAGGUUUGGAUUCUAUGUAAUGACUGUAAUGAUACAACCGAAGUAUUCUUCCACAUUAUCGGGCAGAAAUGUCGACACUGUGAAUCAUACAACACCCGUAUGAUUGCACCUUCCGUUCUUCCUUAAUAACAAUAUUUUUCUAACUGGAAAAACUGAAUGUUCCACUGCUACAUCAUUUGCCGCCAUUGCAUCACAACUCAACUUGCAUUUCGGAUGCAUUUGUAAUAUAAUUCUUUCUCCAAUUAUGUGGAGUAGAAAACCCAACUGAUUUGAUACUGGACUUAUAUGUAUCAUAUAUGAUUAAUUAUUGUA